GCUUAUUGUAUUUCUUAUCGAUUUAAUUAAAACAUAAAAUUUCAAAUUCUCUUCAUAAUAAUAAGAACAGUUUGGCAAAACCCGCUUUAGUUUCUAAAUUACAGUCAAUCAUGAUUUUGUCACGCAUUUUGAUCGUUGCAACUUUGACUUAUUUAGUGUCUGCAAAUAGUAAAUUGAAUAAUCAUGACUUGAAAGCAUUGAAAUCAUCAUGGAAAAAGGUAAAACUCAAUCAACUAAAAAUAGCAGAAACCAUAUUCCUGAGGAUCAUUGAUGGCCUUCCUGAGACUUCUUCGGUAAAAAUGCUAAUAGACCCCAUGAUGCUAAUAUUAGUGGAGAGACCAGAGUUUAAAAAAAACGUACACAAACUCGUUAGCGACAUUGACGAAGUCAUAUUCAAUCACUUAGAAGAUGCAAUUAGUAAAUUCGAGGAAAUUGGAGAAUUAGACAACGAUAAAUACAAUACUGAGCUAGACCUCGCCCAAGCCUCAACAUUGCUUGUUUUCGAAGACUUCAUGGAAAAGGACGAACUGAACGCCUGGAAAAAAUUAUUUAAACUCUUAAACCACUAAAACCUGAUAAUUUUAAAAUAUUCUCGAAUAAUGUAAUAAAAUUCAAAGUACAUUUUUUAUUACCUAUUUAUUUAAAUAGAAAUACAAUGUGUCCGAAAUUCGUGUCUUUAUAUUGGUAGUGCAGAUAUAGGUACAUGCAAGAAUUAAAGAAGUAAAAGAAUUCCCAAAAACUUAAAUGCCCCC